AUGGAGGGUCUCCGUGGAGCUGGGGUCGGUCUAGAGCCAGUCCCUUUGCUGGAUUUGUCUGCAACAACUGCUGGGGGCGUGAUUGGCUUUGAGACAAUCUCCCUAGCGGCCAUAGCUAUGGGUGUCGCUGGAGAAACGAUGGUGGUUGGUGGUGUUGGCACCCUCGUCGUGGCUUCUACAGGUGGUGACGCAACGGUGGCAGCAGGAACUACCGAAGUUUCUUCUGCGGAGUCAGAAGCAGCCGCCUUAGAGGAGUGGUCCUCGGCGUCCAGAUCUUCUUCUUUGGUGGUGACUAGUGGAAUUAAUUUAGGAACUUUAAUGAUGAAAUUGAGUUUGCCGUAG